AUGAGUUGGACAGUAGCAGAUGCUGUGGAUUACAAAGGUUUCCCUGCUGACAAGUCCAAGACUGGUGGUUGGGUUCCUGCUGCACUCAUCCUAGGGAUUGAGAUAUGUGAGAGGCUGUCAACAAUGGGAAUAGCAGUGAACUUGGUGACAUAUCUCAUUGGAACAAUGCACAUGCCAAGUUCAACUUCAGCCAAUGUGGUCACAGACUUCAUGGGCACAUCUUUCCUCUUGUGCUUGCUUGGUGGCUUCCUUGCUGACUCUUUCCUAGGCAGAUUCAAGACAAUUGCCAUCUUCUCUGUUGUCCAAGCCCUUGGUACUGCAGCAUUAGCAGUAGCCACAAAACUGCCACAACUAAGGCCACCACCAUGCCAUGCCAACAACAGCUCCUGCACACCAGCAAAUGGGUUCCAAAUGGGGAUUCUGUACAUGGCACUGUACCUCAUAGCACUGGGGACAGGUGGAUUGAAAUCGAGCGUGUCAGGUUUCGGUACAGAUCAAUUCGACGAGAAGGAUGACAAGGAGAAGGCUCAGAUGGCUUACUUCUUCAACAGAUUCUUCUUCUUCAUCAGCUUAGGAACCCUCUUGGCUGUGACUGUCCUUGUCUACAUACAGGACGAAGUGGGCAGGAGCUGGGCCUACGGAAUCUGCUCUGCCUCCAUGUUCAUAGCAAUUGGUAUCCUGCUCUCUGGAAUCAAGAAGUACAGGUACAAGAAAUCCAUGGGGAGCCCAAUAGUCCACAUCCUCCAAGUAAUUGCAGCAGCAAUUGGGAAGAGGAAAAUGGACCUGCCAUAUGAUGUUAGUUUGCUGUAUGAGAGCAAUCCUGAUGGCACAAGGAUUCAACAUACUGAUCAGUUUAAGUUUUUGGACAAGGCAGCAAUUGGUGUUCAGAGUGAUUUUGAGACUAAAAAUGGCCGCAGGGGAUCGGAGCCUAACCCGUGGAGGCUUUGCUCCGUGACCCGGGUUGAAGAAGUGAAGAUGAUGGUCAGGUUGCUGCCGAUUUGGGCGACGACGAUCAUAUUCUGGACGACUUAUGCACAGAUGAUCACUUUCUCGGUGGAGCAGGCUUCCACCAUGGAUAGAAAGGUUGGGAGCUUCGAGAUUCCGGCCGGGUCGCUUACCGUGUUCUUCGUGGCUGCGAUUCUGAUCACUCUGGCUGUGUAUGAUCGGUUGAUCAUGCCUGUGUGGAAGAAAUGGAAAGGCAAACCAGGUUUCAGCAACCUCCAGAGGAUAGCAAUCGGCCUAGCUCUCUCCACAAUCGGCAUGGCCGUCGCCGCCCUGGCCGAAAGCCGUCGCCUAUCCGCCGCCAAAUCAAUGACCACCGCCACGAAAACUGUCCCGAUAUCGGUCUUCCUGCUGAUCCCACAGUUCCUCCUGGUGGGUUCAGGGGAGGCAUUCAUCUACACAGGGCAGCUGGACUUCUUCAUCACGCAGUCCCCCAAAGGGAUGAAGACGAUGAGCACGGGGCUAUUCCUCACCACGCUCUCCCUCGGCUUCUUCGUCAGCAGCUUCCUGGUCAUGGUGGUGAAGAAAGUGACUGCUGGUGGUGGCAAUGGAGGGCAAGGAUGGCUGGCUGAUAACAUCAACCAUGGAAGGCUUGAUUGCUUCUAUGGUCUGUUGGCUGUUCUUGGAGUGGUGAAUUUUCUUGUGUUCUUGGUGUGUGCUGUUUGGUACAAGCCUAGUGGGAAAGAAGGUGAUGGGAAGAAGUUGAAUGGUGGUGGGUCUUUAGAGGUGAUGGAGAAGAAGGCUAAUGGAGUUGAGGAGAAGUGUUAG